GCACUCCUUCUGCAUCCGAGCAGCAGUCAGUCGUGUGCGCGAGGACUGUUAUUUGAUGACACUACUGUAUUUAAGUGUGUCUCGUUUCUCCGUUUUCAGGACCCGUGAACUCAGUUCUCACACACACACACACACACACACACACACACAGACAGACAAGCGCGCGCACAUCCCGAUCCACUUGAGCGGUGUGAGUUGUGGGAGCAGCGCGUGGCGGAGAGACGAGAGCGCGAGGAGGAGCUGACAGUAACACCGCGGCUCCAGUGAAACGCCUGCUUCAGUCCUGCCUGUGCUCGUGUGCAGAGGAGCAGAGGAGCAGAGCACAUCACAUCAGCCGCACAUCUUCUCGUCAUGGCGGGGGCGAAGGCGCUCGACCUCAUGCUUGGAGUUGUGUUACUUCUGCAUGCUCUUGGAAGUCUGUUCCAAAUCACCCGCGGGGAAUUAACCACAGAGGGAGUUUCCUAUUCUGUGCUUCAGGGGCCGGGGCAAGACAAUGACAUCACAGUGGAAGUACUCAGGAAGAGACGGUGGCUGUCUGAGCCAAGAAUGACCAGCAACAAAGCCAGUCAGGAGACUUCAGAGGCGGAGUCACAGGAUGUACCUGGACCACUGGCAGAUACUGAUGCAGAUAACAGCUCCCAGAUAACCGAGGACACAGAUCACAACUAUUACACAUCAAAGACCUACGGCCCUAACGAUCCCAUGAGCAAAGAAUUAUGGGUGAACAUUGAUCAGAUGGACAAGGAGAAAGUGAAGAUCCAUGGAAUCCUGUCCAACACACACAGACAAGCAGCACGGGUCAACCUGUCGUUUGAUUUCCCCUUUUAUGGACAUUUUCUCAGGGAGAUCACUGUGGCAACUGGCGGGUUCAUUUACACAGGAGAUGUGGUACACAGAAUGCUGACAGCCACACAGUACAUCGCCCCCCUCAUGGCGAACUUCGACCCCAGUCUGUCCCGAAACUCGACUGUCAUUUAUUUUGACAAUGGCACUGCACUGGUGGUUCAGUGGGAUCACGUUCACCUCCAGGACUCGUUUAAUCUGGGCAGCUUCACAUUUCAGGCCACACUACACAGUGAUGGCAGAAUUAUCUUCGCCUACAAGGAGGUUCCUAUUCAGAUCGGACAGAUCAGCUCUGUUAACCAUCCAGUGAAGGUGGGCCUCUCUGACGCCUUCGUGGUGGUUCACAGGAUUCAACAAAUUCCUAAUGUUCGGAGGAAGACCAUCUAUGAGUAUCACCGUGUGGAGUUACUCAAGACCAAAAUCACAAACAGCACAGCUGUGGAAAUGAUGCCACUCCCUACCUGUCUGCAGUUUAGAAGCUGUUCUGCCUGCAUCGCUGCCGAGAUCAACUUCAACUGCAGCUGGUGUCACCGACUUAACAGAUGCUCUAGUGGUUUUGACCGCCAUCGGCAGGACUGGGUAGACAACAGCUGCCCAGAUGAGACAAAGGACAACAUGUGCGACAUCAUCAAAACCACUCAGUUUGAAUCAUCUACCACUGCAUCAGUGACCAAGACAUCCACGAGGAACAGAGCCGUUACAGAGACUGAUUCCACCCAGUCUACAUCACAUCCACCCACCAGCAUCCCUACAGAAGAUGACACCAAGAUUGCCCUUCAUCUCAAAGACAAUAGAGCGGCAGCGGCACACAGCAUGGCGGAGAGGGAAUCAACCAGCAACAAACACAACCUUCACACAGGCCUGAUCCUGGCCAUGCUCAUGCUGAUGUUGGUCAUAGUGGCUGUGGUGCUGGUGACUGUUUACAUCUACCACCACCCCAGCUCAGCCGCCAGCCUCUUCUUCAUCGAGAGACGACCAAGCCGGUGGCCUGCCAUGAAGUUCCGCCGUGGUUCAGGGUAUCCUGCGUACGCCGAGGUGGAGCCUGUCGGCCAGGAGAAAGAGGGCUUCAUCGAGGCUGAGCAGUGCUGAGGUCCUGACCUUUGACCUUGUGCCCCCAUACACUGCCCUGCUCCCUCUUCAUACACACUCAUCCAUGUAAGAACUGAAAUGUCCCGCUUUCAUCAACCGUCCAAAUAGGAAGCAACAGUGUGGAUAUAAAAUCAUUCCUGCAAGUAAGAGAAGUAUCUGAUGGCUGAUGAUUAGUAGCACAGAAUCAGAUUCCUACAGCUUGAUGAUCAAAUGAGCCAUGAGAGAACUGACAAAGGUCUGAAUCUGGAUCAUCUCUAAACUGCACGCUGAGCGCUAGACCUGAUCUGGAACCAGCACCCAAAGCCUCGAUCCCACUGGAGCAGAUUUGGAUUCAAAUUCAAUGCAUCUUUUUCCUUUCACCACAGAGGAAUUUCUUUUUGAAAACUCUUUAAAAAUCAGAGCUGUGCAUCUCCGGUUUAUGGUUUAGGAGAAUUUAUUUAGGUCUUUAUAUAUCUUUGCAACGGGUUUUAGGGUUUUUCUUUUGACCAUAUUGCUUUGUUUCAGUUUUAAUUUGAUGUUUUGGAGGAAUUUAGUGCAGAUUGUUGCUUGAAAUGCAGUUAUACUCAUAUAAAAUCAUUCAUGCUUUCAUUUUCUGCUACAAUUGGGAAACGUUUGCAUGCUGUAUCCAACAGUGGUGCUCAACUUUUCCAUGCCUAUGACUCAUACUUAAAUUUUUUGCACAAAUCUUUUUUAAAUGCACAUAUGUUUUUGGUUUUUUUCAAUUUGUUUGGAUUUUAUUCUUGGGUUACUAAUGCAAAGUUACAAGACAGGCGCUUGUGGAUCUUUGUCUCCUGUAUGUGUCAAAAUGGAGGUGGGACAGUGUUUGGAUGAAUUAUCUUGUUUGUUGAUUUAUAUUUUUGAUUGGUUUCGAAUGGUUUUGUCUUUUUUCCUGUGACACACUGAUUAGAGACUCCUUCCUUCCUACUGCAAAUGUUCAUUUUGCUAGUUAGAAUUGAUUCCUAUUCAAUUGCUUCAACACGGUACAUGCAAUAGACAUGCCAGUGGACGUGACCACAUAAAUGAGAAUAUAUAUUUGAUAUCUGUCCAUAUGUAAUUACUUAUAUAAAUCUAUAAGAAUAACAGUGUUUAAAUGUUAUCAGCUGUGUUCUCAUGAUGACAUGAAUGGAGUGGGUUUUUUUAAUGGAAUGAAGACUAUAAAAUCCUUCAGGUUCAUCCUGCGAUUCAUGCAUUCUCCAUAUAGAAUCAGAGAAAUAGAUUUCUAUUAAUGUAGCAUAGACACAAAUAAAUACUAAACCCUAGUCUUUCUUUCUUUCAGUUAAUUCAAUACGAGUGUGUUAUUGCCGUUAAACUUUUAAGACUUGGUUCUCACUCUACAGUCGUAUCAGUGGCUAUAAUCACAGCACUUCUUAAUUUUUCUUGUAGCAAGUGUUUUACUGUUUUCAAAACCAAAGACCCAUAUCACUGCAUCACAACUACUGUUCCUUAUGUUCUUCCCUCUCAUUGUCUCUCUUUCUUUCUCUCACACACAUACACACACAUGCACACACACACACAUGCACACAGAGGCACGGAUUUAGACAAAAGGAUAAGGCUUCUGAAACUACACAAUAGACUCAGGUCCAGUUAGAAACAUGAUCGUGUGAAUUACAGAGGAAACCAGAAGGACAAAUAACAAAGAUAACAAUACAUUACAGAUGCAAAAAUCCUCCAUGGUUGCUCGUUUUACACAACCAAUGCAGAUGAUAGUAUAUAAGAACCAUAAUAAUUAAGUAAAAAAUAUUUAUAAGAAUGCAGGAAAGACAACUAGGCCUUCUUUUAGUUUGUUGGGGUUUUUGCUUUUGUUUUGGUUUAAGUUUUUUUUUUCUGUAUCACUGGACUCAUUUGACGAAUUUCAUCCAGCCUGAGAGUGUGUGUGUGUGUGUGAUUCUUAAAGUGAAUGAAUGUUUGACAGAUGAGGAGAAUGUUACAUUUAACAGCAGGCUGUGCUCUCAAAGUCAGGAUUUUUCACAAUAACAGUCCUCUGAGAGCUGCUGGCCUAGUCGAUGCUGUAACUCUGUGUGCUCCUCUAUAACUACUGUCAUUUUGAUUGCAUUUUAAAUCAAUAAAGUUGUUUAAACAAG